GCUCUCUCUGUCCGCGGGACCAUCGCGCUGGAACAGCCGAACACGAGUUCCAUGUACAAGUACCCCAGGGUGGCCGACGUCUUGGCUAAAUUCAACUUCCAGAUGGCGAGCUUCCGCAUGAUUGCCUUCGGUGCCACGCCGUGGAAACCAACUCUCUGCGCGAUGAGCACGCACCUCGUUGACUGGGCGCAGUGCUUCGAGAUCGAGGCCAAGCUGAAGGCCAAAGAGGUCGUCGCCGAGAUCAAGCAGCAU